GUGACCCAGAUCACGUGAUCACAAAAUGGUGGAAGCUGUGAGCUGUUUAUAAGCUGAGCAUCUCCAUCGAGAGGCUUGGAGCAGGAAAAAGGCAGUGCAUCCAUGCUCUGAGACACAGUGGGACAGAGAUUCCCAAGCCCCAGCAACGGUCCUUCUGGGGAUGGACCUGACCUCACACAGUAAAAUGACUUCAGAGGGCGACGACGGCAGACCAGUCCCCCCUACAUCUUUACCCCUGCAAGGAGGGCCCAGCCAGAGGAAAAAACUUUCUGCCCCUCAGAUCAGCUUAUCUCUGGACCACAGCGAAGACGACUUGGGGGAGACUCCAGAUGAUCUGGACAUUAACGUGGACGAACUCGACACUCCAGAUGAGGGAGAUUACCUCGACUACACAGACCAUGAAAUGGACUGGGAAGAUCCCGGUGCAGCCACUAAAAGUGGGACGAGUGAUUCCUACAACACCAUUCCAACGUAUAGCGCUGAGGAGGAGCGACGUGACGUCAAGCUGUGGAGGACCGUCGUCAUCGGGGAGCAGGAGCAGCGAAUCAACAUGAAGGUUAUUGAGCCUUACAUGAAAGUCAUCUCUCAUGGAGGUGAGAAUGUUUGCUAAAUCAAUUUCUAACUUCACAAAACUAUUAAGAACGGGGAAAAUAAGUCCUAUGUUACACAGUCAGCACACACAUUGUAAAACAAAGUGCACCCUCUGUUAGUUCUGGGGUUAUAUUUUAUAAAUGACCCAGUGUUUACUGGUUUGUGAAAUUAUUUUUAAUUUUGCCUUAGGCGUAGAAAUACACACAUCGGAGAUUGUGCCAUUUCAUUGAUUCAAUAAACAAAGAUGAAAAGCAAGUCCAUUUUCUACAUGAUUUGCACUUUUAUCUGUUAUGUACAUCUGUAGCUAAGUGCAGACAUUUUCCAGUUGGCUGGUAUUUUGGAUUACAAAAUGUAAAGUUUCCUAAAGGUAUUAUCUUUGGUCAUGUUGUUAUGUGCAAACGUUGCUAGGAAACGCGCUUUACUUACUGUUUUCUGCAACAUUUAGAAUGUGAUCCGACAAUCGCACCGACAAUGACCAAAUUGAGCUGAAAUAAUCUUUUGUCCUGCAUUUAAACCAU